CACGUAUCGCCACGUUUUCGCGCAGGCGCAGUACAGCCGCGGUUGUGUUCCGGGCUCAGUGUACACAGUGUAAAGAUAUCGUAAUUGUAUGCAGCGUUCCUCGCGAUUCACAUUUUCCUUACACUAAACACAGAGAGGAGAGACUGGAGGGUUUCGAAAGAAGAAGAGUCGCUUUGAGUCGGGAAAGAUGAAUUUCUUCAGAGGAGUGAUGGGCGGACAGGCAACCGGGCCGCAGCCGACAGGAGCCGAGACGAUCCAAAAACUGUGUGACAGGGUGGCCUCGUCCACACUUUUAGAAGAUCGUAGAGAUGCCGUCCGGGCACUGAAAUCCCUCUCUAAGAAAUAUCGCAUGGAAGUUGGAACACAGGCAAUGGACCACUUGAUUCACAUACUCCAAACUGACAGGUCGGACUCUGAAAUCCUUGGCUAUGCCUUAGACACGCUUUACUACAUCAUCUGCAAUGAUGAAGAAGAAGAACAAGAUGAAUCAGAAGAUGAAAAUUCCCAGAAACAGGCAGAUGAUUUGGGCAUCAAGUUUACAGAACAGUUCAUUCAGGACCCUGAGCACGUGACCCUUCUGCUCAGUCUGUUGGAGGAGUUUGAUUUUCAUGUGCGUUGGCCAGGAGUAAAGCUGCUGACUGCCCUCCUGAAGAAUCAAGGUGUCCAAGUUCAGGGUGUCAUUUUAGUCAGCCCCAUGGGUGUUUCCAGAUUAAUGGACCUGUUAGCCGACUCUAGAGAAGUAAUCCGGAAUGAUGGGCUGCUACUGCUUCAGCAGCUGACUAAAGGCAAUGCUUCAAUUCAAAAAAUUGUUGCGUUUGAAAAUGCAUUUGAGCGUCUCCUAGAUAUCAUCUCCGAAGAAGGCAGCAGUGAUGGAGGUAUUGUGGUAGAGGACUGUUUGCUGCUGCUACUAAACCUGCUAAAGAACAACAGCUCCAAUCAGAAUUUCUUCAAGGAGGGCUCUUACAUCCAGAGAAUGAAGCCGUGGUUUGAGGUGGGUGACGAUAACUCUGGCUGGUCUGCACAAAAGGUCACCAACCUCCAUCUCAUGCUCCAGCUGGUGAGGGUGAUGGUGUCUCCAGUCAAUUCUCCUGGAGCUACAUCCAGUUGUCAGAAGUCCAUGUACCAGUGUGGCCUCCUGCAGCAGUUGUGUACCAUCCUCAUGGCCACUGGUGUACCUGCUGACAUCCUCACAGAGACCAUCAACACUGUUUCAGAAGUCAUCAGGGGCUCGCAGAUCAACCAGGACUACUUUGCCUCUGUUAAUGCACCUUCAAAUCCCCCAAGACCAGCUAUCGUUGUGCUCCUCAUGUCCAUGGUGAAUGAGAGACAACCAUUUGUACUGCGUUGUGCCGUCCUCUACUGUUUUCAGUGUUUUCUCUACAAAAACCAAAAAGGCCAAGGGGAGAUAGUGGCAACACUGCUGCCUUCCACCAUUGAUGCCAACUCUAUCUCAGCAGGCCAGCUGCUGUGUGGAGGCCUGUUCUCAGUCGACUCUCUGUCCAACUGGUGUGCGGCCGUGGCCCUGGCUCACGCCCUGCAGGACAACCUCACUCAGAAGGAACAGCUGCUGAGGGUCCAACUGGCCACCAGUCUGGGAAAACCCCCCGUGUCUCUGUUGCAGCAGUGCACCAACAUCCUCUCCCAGGGAGAUAAGAUCGUCCGGCGGGGCAGUAAAGUACAGACGAGGGUGGGCCUCCUCAUGCUGCUGUGUACUUGGAUCAGCAACUGCCCCAUCGCUGUCACACACUUCCUACACAAUCAAGAAAAUGUUCCUUUUCUGACGGCUCAGAUCUCAGAGAACCUGGGAGAAGAUGAGAGGCUGGUCCAGGGCCUGUGCGCUCUGCUCCUCGGCAUCUGCAUCUGUUACAACGACAACUCACUGGAGAACUACACAAGGGAGAAGCUAAAGCAGCUGAUUGAGAAGCGCAUUGGAAAAGAGAACUUUGUAGAGAAACUGUGCUUCAUCAACAAACAUGAGCUGUACUCCCGGGCAGCCCAGAAGCCACAGCCUGUCUUUCCAUCUCCAGAGCAGAUGUUGUUCGACCACGAGUUCACCAAAUUGGUCAAAGACCUCGAGGGUGUAAUAACCAAAACGGUUCACAAGUCCAGUGAGGAGGAGAAAAAGGAAGAAGAGGUGAAGAAGACGUUGGAGCAGCAUGACAACAUUGUUACUCAGUACAAAGAACUGAUCAGAGAACAGGAUUCUCAGCUCCAGGAGCUCAAGGAGCAGGUGGCCACCUUGUCGUCUCAGAAUGAGCAGAUGCAGACUACAGUCACACAGCAACUGGCCCAGAUUCAGCAGCACAAAGACCAGUACAACAUCCUCAAGUUAAAAAUAGGUAAAGACAACCAGAGUCAGUCAGGCAGCCAGGGAGACGGCUCUCAGGUGAAUGGACUCCAGACAGAGGAGCUGACACAGCUCAAAGAGGAGCUGGAGGAGCUGCGGCAGCAACACGCGCUCCUGCAGACACAACUGGCCGACAAAGACGCAAUCGUCAACACACUGAGGUCAGAGGUGACAGCCACAACAGACAGUUCGGUGGAAGGAUCUGAAAACACAGGACUGCUCAAGGAGCUGGAGGCUUUGAGGAGUCAGAUUCAGACUCAGUCUUCAGAAAUCAACCAGCUGAAGACAGAGAAACAGGACCUUCUCAGAAAAGUGGAAUCUGGAUUCACAGACUCAGCUCCCACCAGUGACGACACAUUAGAUUCAGCCAAGAUGGCAGAACUGGAGAGCAGACUGGCAGCACAGACGAGUGACGCAGAGCGACUCAAGGAGGAGACUGAGAGCCUAUUGCAGAGCCGGACAGAGCUUGAACAUCAGUUGGCGUCGGCCAACAGCACCGUGGCCAUUCUGCAGACUGAGAAGUCAAAGCUGCAAACCGAGGUUCAGGAGUCCAAGAAGGAGCAGGACGACCUGCUGAUGCUGCUGGCUGACCAGGACCAGAAGAUUCACAACCUGAGACAGAGACUCAAAGACCUGGGAGAAAUGGUGGAAGAUGAAGACGACCUUGAUGCUAGGGACCAAACGGAUGAUGACGAUGAAGAGGAUGAAGAUGAGGACUAAAGGAAAGAAAAACACUGAAAGAGGAAGAAGAAGGAUUGGAUGGAAAUAUCUUUGCUAGUGGGCAGAGAGAGACUUUACGUAAAAACAUGGUCAGAAACUCGCAACUUGGACUUGUGUAUAAUAAAGGGGUUUGUUUUCCCGUCCAGAAUCUUCAUUUGUCCUCACUUGGUCACAUCACAUCUCAAUUAUUAGGUUUUACUCUUUGUGAUGAGUUCUUCAUUCUUCAUUCUUCAGUGACAGCUAACACACGUCUGGUCAGUGCACUCAGGAGGAGUUGGAAUUCACCUGUCAUGUUUUUGGCAGCUUUUCUUUGCAUAGUUUAUGUUCACUGACAAAUUAAACAAGAUUUAUUUGGUGCAAUUAGUGAAGAGGAUUUUCUUUUUAAAUGUAGCAACAAAUACCACAAAGAUAAGUCUGAAUAUCGUGUCAUUAUUACCAUGUAAUGAAAAGAUGCCUGCUCGUCCUCGGACAGACUUUUCCCACACAUGGGAAUGAGCUGCGACGUGUCAUUGUGCUGUACCUGGAAUUCACCUGCCUGUCAUGCCUGAGUCAGUUUGGAUUUGCGAUAUUUCAUCCAUUAACCCCCAACUGCUCUGCAAUAUGCUGCAAAACGCUGAGAGAAAAGAUGUAAAGACUCGAAAUGAAUAUUUUUGCAACUUGUUGUCCAGCUUUUAGCUUCUGUAUGAUACUGUGUAACUUAACCAUUUAUGAGCCACGUGGAAAUAAAGAAUCCAUCACUCUGUAUGCUUGUAUGGACAAAUAAUUGUAGAUAAAUUAAAUUUUACUAAACUUA